CCCUUCUCGUCUUGGUGGCUGUACUGUCUUCAGGGACCUUCUCCAGCUGCACAUUCAAACAAAGCUCUCUCAGGCGACCGCACACCUGCUCACCGAGGAUCAUUUGUCGGGCUGUUCUGUGUUAACCUAGCUCACUGUCGUCGGGAGCCGCCCGGGGCGUCGACCGGCCAACAAGCAGCAGCAUCCAUUCAUCCUUUCAGGGGCAGCUGAGCUUUUCCAGGCGAGCUAGCUAGCGUUAGCCGAGCGAGCGGUAGGGGACAGCGGUGCUAAAAUGUCGGGUUACCAAGGAAAGAAGAACAUCCCAAGAAUCACAAGCGAUCGUCUCCUCAUCAAAGGAGCAAAGAUCGUGAACGAUGACCAAUCCUUCUUGGCUGACAUCUACAUGGAAGAUGGAGUCAUCAAGCAAAUCGGAGACAACCUCAUUGUUCCUGGGGGAGUUAAGAUCAUAGAGGCUCAUGGGAAAAUGGUGAUUCCUGGGGGUAUUGACGUGCACACCCGGUUCCAGAUGCCCGACCGAGGCAUGGUGGCGGCAGAUGACUUCUACCAGGGCACCCGGGCGGCCCUGGCUGGGGGAACGACCAUGAUCGUCGACCAUGUGUUGCCGGAGCCUGGCGUCAGUCUGGUUGCUGCCUUCAAGCAGUGGAGGGAGUGGGCUGACAGCAAGUCCUGCUGUGACUACUCUCUGCAUGUGGACAUCCCUGACUGGAACAAGGGCACUCAGGAGGACAUGGAGGCCCUGGUGAAGGAUCAUGGUGUCAACUCUUUCCUGGUCUAUUUGGCCUAUAAGGAUGUUUUCCAACUUUCUGACUCUCAGAUCUACGAGGUGUUCAGUGUCAUCAGGGAUCUCGGAGCCAUUGCACAGGUGCAUGCUGAGAACGGAGACAUCAUUGCAGAGGAGCAGCGUCGUAUUUUGGAUCUGGGGAUCACUGGCCCUGAAGGUCACGUGCUCAGCCGCCCAGAGGAGGUCGAGGCUGAGGCAGUCAAUCGCUCUGUCACCGUAGCCAAUCAGACCAACUGCCCCCUCUACAUCACCAAGGUGAUGAGCAAGAGCGCCGCUGAUGUCAUUGCUCUCGCCAGGAAGAGGGGUGCCGUGGUUUACGGAGAGCCCAUAUCUGCCAGUUUGGGCACAGAUGGUUCCCAUUACUGGAGCAAGAACUGGGCCAAGGCAGCAACCUAUGUCACCUCUCCACCACUCAGCCCUGAUCCCACCACCCCCGACUACCUCAACUCCUUGUUAUCAUGUGGGGACUUGCAGGUGACUGGCAGUGCUCACUGCACUUUCCAGACUUCUCAGCGUGCAGUAGGAAAAGAUGACUUCACCCUGAUCCCCGAGGGCACCAACGGCACCGAGGAGAGGAUGUCCCUAAUCUGGGACAAAUGUGUGGUGACUGGCAAGAUGGAUGAGAACCAGUUUGUGGCAGUGACCAGCACAAACGCAGCCAAGAUCUUCAACCUGUACCCCCGCAAGGGCCACAUCGCUGUGGGGUCUGACGCUGACCUCGUGCUGUGGGACCCAGAUGUCACCAAGAUCAUCUCAGCUAAGAAUCAUAACUCGGCUGUGGAGUACAACAUCUUCGAGGGCACAGAGCUGCGUGGAGGUCCUUCUGUGGUGAUCAGCCAGGGCAAGAUUGUGUUGGAAGAGGGCAACCUUCACACCACUGAAGGCUGUGGGCGCUACAUCAGCCGCAAACCUUUCCCUGACAACGUGUACAAGAGGAUAAAGGCUCGCAGCAGGCUCACAGAGUUGCGAGGAGUUCCCAGGGGCCACUACGACGGGCCGGUGUGCGAGGUGACACUGUCUCCCAAGGUCCUGUCCACAGUGUCCUCGGUGAAGACCUCCCCUGCCAAGCAGCAGCAGCCGCAACAGCCGACUACUCAACAGCCGAUGCGCAACCUUCACCAGUCUGGAUUCAGCCUGUCAGGUGCCCAAGUUGACGACAACAUCCCUCGUCGCAGCACUCAGCGCAUCGUGGCUCCCCCUGGUGGAAAAGCCAACAUCACCAACCUCGGCUAAUGUCCUUCCAGGACUGAGUGCAGGGCCACACAGGAGAAGAGGCCGCUGUCACAUGACACCUGGUCACCUCUGACUCCUGCCCCUCUGCACUCCACCCAUAAUCACUACAUCCAUUCUUAUUCACACACUACCACCGCUUCACCUCGUUCAAAAAAAAGAAAAGAAAA